GAUAAAGUUUCGGAUUGAGAGAGGAACUGAAUAAGAGAGAGAGAGUGUCCCAAUCCACAAUCUGAGGGCGUAAAAAUUGGGAGCUUUAUUGAAGCUUUGAGUGCGCGUGAGCUCGUGACCUCUUUUCUUUCGGUGGAGGCGGUGUUCGUGGCGGCUACGGUGGUUGUUCCGGCGAUGCGAGUCCGAUAUGGCAUUCCGAUCUAGGGUUUCGCGGCGGUCAAUGGAGUCGGUGAACAUGGUCGCCAUUUUCGACUUUGGCCGUGUUUCUCCGAUCUGACAUCUUCCAUCUCGGAUCUGAGCGUUUCAGAGAGUUCUAGUUGAAUAGUUGAAAGAAAGGAUUGAUUUUUAUGUUUAACUGAGAUGUCCUUCAAAAGCAUUAUUCGUGAGCUGAAGGAGAUGAAAGAUGGGAUUGGGAAUAUAUCUAGGCGACGGGGAGAAGGCAAGCAUUGGCGCAACAGAACCCGGUCGUAUAUUGCUCCUGAUGUGGCCCCAUCUGAACCUAUUCAGCAGGGGCAAUGGGCAAACUUACCGCCGGAGUUGCUUUUGGAUAUAAUUCGGAGGGUUGAAGAAAGUGAGAUGUCAUGGCCUGCGAGGACCACUGUUGUUUACUGUGCAUCAGUUUGCAAGUCAUGGAGGGAGAUCACUAAGGAGAUUGUGAAGACGCCAGAGGAAAGUGGGAGACUCACUUUUCCCAUUUCAUUGAAGCAGCCUGGACCGCGUGAUGCUCCAAUUCAGUGCUUUAUCAAAAGGAGCAGAGCAACUUCCAUAUUUCGUCUGUACUUUGGUCUGACCCCUUCUGCAGAUGAGAAUGAUAAGUUGUUAUUGGCGGCCAAAAAGAUCAGAAGAGCAACAAAAACAUACUUUGUGAUAUCUUUGGUUGCAGAUGAUUUUUCUCGAGCCAGCAACACAUAUGUUGGAAUACUGAGGUCUAAUUUUCUGGGCACCAAGUUUACCAUAUGUGACAGCCAACCUCCAAACGAUGCUGCAGUUCAAUUGAAUAGUCGGUCAAGUCGAAGAUUCCAUGCUAAGCAAGUGUCUCCAAGAUUACCUGCAUGUAACUAUGAUGCAGCUACCAUUUCCUAUGAGCUGAAUGUCCUCCGCACAAGAGGGCCUAGAAGAAUGCAUUGUGUCAUGCAUUCAAUUCCUGUCUCUUCAAUUCAAGAGGGGGGCACCGCCCCAACACCGACAUCGUUCCUCCAUUCCUUUAAUGAGAAGCAUUCUCCCUCACCAGCCUCAAAAGAAAAGGAGUCAAUCAUAGACUUCAGCUCCUCAAGCCUUGCAGAGCCUCCGAUAUCUGUCCCAGUUGCUAAACAACCAUUGAUACUUAAAAACAAGUCUCCAAGAUGGCAUGAGCAGCUACAGUGCUGGUGCCUAAAUUUCAAGGGUCGUGUUACAGUUGCUUCUGUUAAGAAUUUCCAGCUUGUGGCAGCUGUUGAUCCUUCUUACAACGUGUCAGCUGCAGAGCAAGAGAAAGUAAUUUUACAGUUUGGAAAGAUCGGAAAAGACAUCUUCACCAUGGAUUAUCGCUACCCACUUUCUGCCUUCCAAGCCUUUGCAAUCUGCUUAAGCAGCUUUGACACUAAACCAGCCUGUGAAUGACUUUCAUGUGGGUUGUAAAUUAUGAUAAUCUUUUGUUAAAGUUGCUUCCGUAAAAUCUGAAGUUUAUCUAUUCUCUGCAUGGAAGCUCCUCAUCAUGCACUGCCACACAUUGUAAUCGAAAGUUUAUCAGUGCAGUGACUAUUUUAUCUGCUAGCAAUUUGGAUCAAAUAUGCAUUUUGUAA